AUGUUGGACGAGGAAAACUAUGUCUGGCGCAUCAUGACGCCGGUCAAAAAUUAUUACUUACAGGCCGUCGAUGAGCUGAAUGCGACGAAGGCUCCCCAAGCUGAGGCCGAAGAGCAAGCAUUAAUAGCAGGCCGUGCCAGGCUCGCACAAGCUACAGAAGAGUUUCGUUCCGCGCAGGCUGAGGGCGGCUCAGAUGCAGAGGAACACCUAGAGGACAUGCUUCAACGCCGCAGCAACGAGGUGAUUCAGCUCCGCCGCGAGUACCAAGCAGCCAUGGACGCGAGAACCGAAGUCUUUACACAAGAGUGCCGUCUAGUGCUGGAGAAUCUUUUCCGUAAAUUCGUCGAAACCUUCGGCGUGGAUUUGGCUCUGAAGGUUAUCCGAGAAUACACAGAUACUCCAUCACAUGAUCCGGUCAACCACACCGCCCCAUCAGCUGCCCAGCCUACACCACCUGCCGAGGCCGAGUCCGAGGUCGUGUCGCCUGUCGAACACCCUGUCAGGUCGCCACAUGCACAUCGUGAGAGACAGGGACGUGCUGAUGCCAGCUCUUCAUCUGUGAACGGUCACGCCGAGACAAAACACAUCAUCGAGGAAUAUCCCAAGGGUUCCGAUCAAUGGUAUAUCUUCCGUUGUCUGGACUGCCCUCGCGAUUUCGAGGACAAGCCCUUGGUGAGCGCUGGGUUUCACGUUACCAGUGCGGCGCAUGGGAACCAGCCGAGGCUCAAGUUUGCGGGGGUUGUCGAAAAGUUCGGGAUUCCUGUAUUGGACUGCAACGAAGAACUCGCGAGGAAGAAUAACAACGUCGCCCGGAAAGCCUUCCGCAAACAGCAGAAAGGGCCCCGCCCCGCUGACGACCCAGCAGUCAGCAGCGGCAGCAAGCAUGGCCUCCGAGCCGCACCAGGCAUUGUUGAUCCGACGCCGGGCCAGGUCUAUCUUGGUUACUGGGAAAAGGCCAAGAAGAGCUGGCCUGCGCUCUUACUGCCAAACACGAACCUCGAGGACGUCGGCGUGACGGGCACGUUGGAGGAUUGGAAGCUGAUGGGCGACCUGCCCCCGUGCUAUCGGCAUGACACGACGACGGGCAGGCUUGAGUGGGAAGAAGGCUUCGAAGACGGGGGAGAAAAAGUAGCACAGCGUCAAUUCCCUGUCAUGUUCUUUGAUGACAACGCGGAAUUUCCGUCUCUGGCCUGCUGGCUGCCAGCACACCACUUGGGGGCUUUUGACAUGGAGACAUCUGACAAGUGGGGCGUUCCUGGACUCAAAGCUGUCCGGAAGUACCUGAGCACACGACCUGAAAUUCCGUCAGGGCAGGAUGAAUCUGUCGAAAUGGACUUGGAUGAUGAUGCCACGACCCCGGUGGAUAACCAAAUGGACCACCCGCCUGGUGCGGACGAGAGUAGUUCCCCUGAAGCCACCAUUGUCAAGCCAAAAGAUGAAGGAGUGGAAGCUGGGCCCGCGCCAGUCGUAAGCGAUGGCGAGACAAUGAUCGAGGUUGAUCCAAAUACCGACCGCGCAAGCAGCGCGCCGAGGAAAUCUGUCGACAUCAUUUCCAUCAGCAGCUCGCCAGUAUCGGAGUGGAGCGUGAUACAUGCCGACGAGGCUGCUGUCUUCUCGCCCGACGCCAGUGAGCUGCAUAAGACAACCUCAGUGCCGGACGCCGGGGUAGAGACCACCCCACCACUUACCAUGCGCGCCGUCAACCCAGACCAGCCGACCCAAGUCAACUCGGCUGUUGAGGCCACGGUGGAGCGUCCUCGUUCGGCUCAUCCCUUCUUGGCUGAACCUCCUCAAGCAGCGGACCCUCGUGUCGAUUAUUUGACAACUUUGGCCCAGAAUGGUCUCAAACACAACCACGACCUAGCCGGGUCUGGGUCGCCUGUGAUUGCGCAACCGAUAACGACACGAGAGUACAAUGCUUACAAGGCCAGUGCCGCGGUUUCAAAUUCCAGACCCAUGUCUUAUUCACUCGAUCGCCCUGCCAGUCACCCUGCACCAUUUUCACCACGAGCCGAGACUGUUCAUGUCCAGGUCCCUUUCAUGAACCCGGAUCCACCUCACCAAUACCGGGGGCAGAACCCGCCUCAGCACGAGAGCAGGGCUCACACCUCGGCGGCACCUCCAAGUCCGGUCCAGCCGCAACCACAGCACAUACAUCAGCCCACCAACAGAUAUGUUGCGAUUCAGCCUACCACGCGGCCGGACAUCGCCCCGCGGCCGCCUGCAGUCCCGGGCUCGGAUCCAAGGCACGCGGGCCCACAGGUUCCGCGGUCGGCACAGGGUGGUGGUACGGCUCAUGCAACUCAUCAGGGUGCCUCUGAGCCUCGCUCGGGGGCUGGCAAUGAGGCCCCUCGUUCCCCGGCGACUUAUAGGGGGUUCAUCAAUCGUCCCCCGCCUCCUUGGAAAUCCAUCAAUGGGCCCCGCCGGCCCCUGCCUGGUCAAGUUCUUGUGCCAGCUUCUCAUUCACCCCCAACAGAAAUGUCCCUCCAGGAUUUAGAUGCAGGGCAUCUCACCCCGCUCAGGCUGGCUUUGGCCAAUAUGCUCUCUACACCAGUUGCAGAAUUUACUUACGCCCAGAUUGUUGAUGGAAUGCCAGUCAGCAGUGUCUACGCGGAAGACCAUUGGUUUCAAGAAGACUUCCCGGUCAUGCAGCAUGACGAGCUUUGUCCCGGUGCCCUGGAGAAGACUCGUGCCUUGCGCGCAGACUUCGACAUUCUUUGCUUAAGUCUUGACCCAAAGGCAUUACAAGCAUACCAAAAUACAGUGCCCGGCUCUCUGCCCUGGAAACUUCGCCUGCUAGAGUUGGUUGUCACCGGCUGUCAUAAUAUUGCCAGUUCUCUGUAUCUUAUAGACAACGGAACUCACAAACACGCGGAAUGGACAACCUGGCGCGAGAAGAAGCUGGCAACACUCCCGGAGCACUGCAGCAAGCGGGAGCGCAGCAAAUGUGGCCCGCCCACGUUAUUCUAUGCUAACCAAUAUAUGGACCCGCAGCGGUUUCCUCAUGGUUUAGGAGAUGUUGCAGGAUACUGGGCAGAACUCCGAAUCUUUGGAGGUGUGGUUCUAUUCGACCGUGGGCUGAGCGAGGAUGAGUGCAACGGAAUGUAUCUACAAAGCUCAAAGCCUGCCACCCUCGCGCCGCCCACUGAAAAUCAGUUCAAGAGUCUGAUAGGCUUCCUCUUGUCACCAGAGCCCGACCUGGCCUGCAGUCCUCUCCCCAUCAGCAUCAGCAAGGAAAACAGAUGGCGCUGGAACGCCUACGACGCAUUGACAGAGCAUCACAUAUUCAAGAACCCAUAUGAGAUCCCUAUGGAGGAGACAUUUAGACAAAUGGAUGACUAUGAAGUCGGCUCGCUUGAGUUGAGAAAGAAGGAAGCUGGCCAACCCUACGACGAGGACUUGCUAAAGACCACGUGGGAUCGGCUAGCUCGUACUAUCACGCCCACUUCCAGAUACUGGAAUGAGCUAGAAGGGGAAAUCGUUAGGAUACAACCUGACAGGAAGAAGCAGGGAAGACCGCCAUAUUUCUUUGAUGACUGA